GCGGCGCGGUCAGUGGCGGCUCCGAGGAUAGUGGUUACCGCCAUGAUCGAGCAGCCGAAGCGCAAAGGCCCGGAGCUACCACUGGUUCCUGUCAAGCGGCCGCGGCAUGAGUUGCUGUUGGGAGCGGCGGGGUCCGGCCCCGGAGCCGGACAGCAGCAGGCGACUCCGGGAGCUUUGCUACAAGCGGGGCCUCCGAGGUGUUCGUCCCUGCAAGCCCCAAUCAUGCUGCUCUCGGGACACGAAGGAGAAGUGUACUGCUGCAAGUUUCACCCCAAUGGAUCCACCUUGGCAUCGUCAGGAUUUGACCGACUCAUAUUAUUGUGGAAUGUCUAUGGUGACUGUGAUAACUAUGCUACAUUGAAGGGACACAGUGGCGCAGUGAUGGAACUGCAUUAUAACACAGAUGGCAGCAUGCUCUUCUCAGCAUCGACAGAUAAGACGGUGGCUGUGUGGGAUAGUGAAACAGGCGAGAGGGUGAAGAGGCUGAAGGGGCAUACGUCCUUUGUGAACUCCUGUUACCCAGCCCGGCGGGGCCCCCAGCUCGUCUGCACUGGCAGCGAUGACGGCACAGUUAAGCUGUGGGACAUCCGCAAGAAAGCAGCUAUCCAGACAUUUCAGAACACUUACCAGGUGCUGGCUGUGACCUUCAAUGACACAAGCGAUCAGAUUAUCUCUGGUGGAAUAGACAAUGAUAUCAAGGUUUGGGACCUGCGUCAAAACAAAUUAACCUACACCAUGAGAGGCCAUGCAGAUUCUGUAACUGGCUUGAGUUUAAGUUCUGAGGGAUCUUAUCUCUUGUCCAAUGCAAUGGACAAUACAGUGCGUGUCUGGGAUGUCCGGCCCUUUGCUCCCAAAGAAAGAUGUGUGAAGAUAUUUCAAGGAAAUGUGCACAACUUUGAGAAGAACCUCCUGCGGUGUUCUUGGUCACCUGAUGGAAGCAAGAUAGCUGCUGGCUCAGCGGACAGGUUUGUGUACGUGUGGGAUACUACGAGCAGGAGGAUCCUGUAUAAGCUGCCUGGCCAUGCUGGCUCCAUCAAUGAAGUGGCGUUCCACCCUGAUGAGCCUGUCAUCCUCUCAGCAUCCAGUGACAAGAGGCUGUAUAUGGGUGAGAUUCAGUGAAGAUUUAGGAUGGAAGGCUCCCCGGCUGUGUGACCUGAGGCUCAUGCUACAUUAUGACCAGAGUCAUAUGGUGUCCAAGCUGACCUGCCUUCAGAUGACCGUCACUAGCAAGCAGCUGGAGGUGAUGGUCGUACUCCAGCAACCAUUUGUACCCCAUUUACAGAACAGCUGUGGCCUCUGGUACUACCUGCCACAUUUCAGGGAUUGGUUUCUUUUUCUUAAAAAAAAAAAUAAGACUUCUUCAGAGGGACAAACAUUGGUUUGAGGUCUCCUGUUUUUUAACCUAUGCUGGAGACAGGGAAUGUCAGUUGAAAUUUGUUGAAUUUGUUUUCUGUUUAUUUUAAAUUGAAUAACUGGCUUGUAUGAUAUUUUUCUUUCUUGUUUGAGUCAUUUUGUAUUAAAAAUCCAAAUAGAUAA